AUGGAAUCCCUAACUCCAGAAGGUACUAUACAGCCAACCGCUAAUGGCUACGGUCAGGAAUGCGGAUACCCUAUGGCCAAAGGGAUGCAUCCUAUUCGUUUGGACGAGAACCGUGUUUUAAAAACAAAACUGUUAGAUACUGGAGAGGCUCAGGCAAUGGAGUUUAUUGCUAAGGCUACAACUAUCCCCGUCCCGAAGGUUUUUGAGGCGAAAGUUUUUGAGGCAAGGUAUAUCGGGAAGAAGCGGGGAGAACGGUUUUGUAUUGUGAUGGAAUAUAUACCCGGAAAACCAUUAAACGUUAUAUGGAAUGAUCUAAGCGAUAACCAGAAGAUAAAUAUCUGUCUUCAAAUCGACGGAUAUCUCGCUCAACUCCGGAAGCUUACUGGGGAUCGAAUUAUGGCGGCAGAUAGUGGUGCCCUAGAUGUAGGGCUUUACGAAAAGCGCUUUUUGGGACCGUUCGACAGUGUAAAGGAGUUCCAUCACGCCUUGGGUAAAGGUGAGUCGAAUAACUUGGGUGAUGGCCAUGGUAUUCAUUUUGCCCAUGCCGAUCUGGCCCCUCGGAACAUUCUGGUUGAUGAGAACACCGGCCGGAUUAAUGCAGUUAUUGAUUGGGAACGGGCAGGAUGGUAUCCAGAAUAUUGGGACUUUGUCCGGAUGGACUACGACCGGCCGCUAAAGCGCGAGAUGGGCGGCUAUACUAAGCUUUGGAAGUCCCUUUUCACUCGCUUAUAUGAAGAUGAAAGUUCUGCAAUGCAGGAUUUGGUUAGACGAACGGUAGUUCCAUAUCCAGAUGGAACCCCGAUGGAACCGCGUCCUGAUAUAUUACCGUCGUAUGCCUCCCGUGCGAAGGAGUUACGGGAGACUUUUGAAAGGAAUACUUAA